AUCCCCAAUUUUGUCACACUAGAAACACACGUACCACACUGUUCUGCACACCUACCAAAUUAAGUCUGCUUCUUCACUGUUCCAUCUCCAUAGAACAAUUCCUUUGCUUCUGCACUUAAUUGCCUCCGAUUUCCCUUUCCGAUCAACUCAACAAGAUGUCUGACUAUUUACCAGAAGAAGCGUUGAUCAACAUCCUCUCAAGGCUUCCACCCAAGUCUCUCAUCAAGUUUAGGUGCGUGUCAAAAUCAUGGAAUUCGCUCAUCUCAACCCCCUACUUCAUUUCCCUGCACGCCCAACAAUCAGCUCUUUCCAAUUCCCGCGCCGACCCAGUUACCGAUUUCAUCGUCAGACGCUAUUCCAAGAACGAGAAAGCUGAAAUUUAUUCAGUACAUAGCGACAGCGCCGAGUUCCUUGAGCAGAAUUACGUCAGAAUUGAAAACCCUUUUCGCCAUAUGACGCGGUUCUAUUACAGGAUUGUGGGCUCUUCCAACGGUGUGUUGUGCCUCUCUGAUGAUUUAUUUGGGCAUACUCAUUCAAUUUUCUUGUGGAAUCCCGUAAUCAGGCGGAAAGUCGUUCUGCCUCUACCUAAAUCGACUUUUGAAAGCACUUGGCCGUGUAUGUGUGUGCUCGGGUUUGGAUUUGAUGUGAAAAAUGGUGAUUUCAAGGUUGUGAGAGUGGCGUAUGCCCAAGUAGAUUAUGGGUAUUCUGUGCCGCCUAAGGUUGAGGUUUAUGCUCUGAGUACGGGGAGUUGGCGUCGAGUUGGUGGGAAAAUCCCGCGGAGUUGGAUGGUGGAUUAUUUCUGGACUCAGGCAUUUGUUAAUGGAAAUGUGCAUUGGGUUGCUUACAGGAGUAAGGCACGGCAGGAUGAAGUGGAGAACUUGAUUAUAGUGUUUGACAUGAGCGAGGAGGUGUUUGAAGAAUUGCCGCUUCCAGAUAUCUUAACAAAUGAGCUGCCGUUUAAUUUGAAUGCAGCGGUUCUUGAUCAGUCCCUUGCUAUUUAUCAGUGCGAUGCGCGUUCCUGGAGUAAGAGCUGCUCCAUUUGGGUGAUGAAGAAAUAUGGGGACGUUGCGUCUUGGAGCAAACUCCUCCAUAUUAAUGUGCAGGAAGGAUUUGGAGCGAUUCUUGGAGUCCGAAGUAAUGGUGAUAUUCUGUUGACUGCCAGAAACGGAGGACUAGUUGCCUAUAAUCAGGAUACAAAGGCAACCAAGGAGCUUGGGAUUCUAGGCACAAAAGAUUCCUUUUACAUCUGCUCCCAUGCUGAGUCCCUUGCUUUGCUAAUCGAGGGUGAAGAAGCACGAGAACAGUCACCUAGCGAAAAUGUCGGUCAGUGUGGUUUUUUAGGAGACAAUGAUGAAGAUCCAUACGAGCGUGUUACCAAGGGUGAGGUCCGGAAGCAGUCCAGUAUGCUUCAGUAUCUUACUGCUAUGCUCGAUGGCUGGUUCAUGUAGUUCUCGUCUAAGUUGUAAAAAUGUCGUAUAAGUAUAUAAAAACAUCGAGCUCGACUCUGUUAAUCGUUUCUUGAUCCAAAUAAUAUCAAAUUUUUGUAUCU